CUAAGCCCUAGAGGCCGUACAUGAUUUCCAGGAGUAUACUAAUAAACUCUUUCUUUAUCGCUCUCGCUUUGGCUUUGGCUUUCGUCUCCACGCCCGACGGCUGCCCUCUAUUCAGGUUCUUCCACUUCUAGAGCCAUAUAUUUAUUUUUUGCUGCUUCAACUCAAGUUUUUAUCAAAUCUUUUCCAAUAAAAUAUAAGUAUGAUCUGUAUGAACUAUAAAGCUCAUGACGCUGCAAUUUUUUUCACAUUUCUGAUAAGCAAUUGUUUUGUUCUAUUUUUUUUUUCUUCCAAUUUUGCGAUCUUAGCUAUUUUGUUUUUGACAGACUUAUUAGGCUGUAUAUAUCAGAUUCUUUAGUAAAUCUGUUUUAUUUCUUUCAAUUUCCCAUUGAAAACAGUAGGAACUAAAUAAAUCACAAUGUCUAUUUCUAAUUUGCAAUAUAGGCUAUUACAGAGAGAUUUUAUUUUGAUUUAUUACUAGGUCUGAAAAUUUCAACUUUUUUUCUUUCAUGAAAUUGGUAAUCAACAUUCUAUUAGUUGUUGCUCACUUGCUCUAUAGAUAGGUUUUGGAUAUUUUGCUAUUCUGUUUAAUUCAAUCUUUCUGUAUGAUGCUUGAGCUGAGUAGUUAAGUUGCACUUGAUGGAAACUCGGUCCAGGGCCGAGUAGGCGAGUAGCCAUUAGCUACUCUGGAUUACUCGGCCAUGUUUUAAUAAAAGUAUAAUAUUAGUGUCAUAAAAGACUGGUAAUAUGUGAGCCUUAGAAGCAUUAUACACCCAACACACACAUACAGAAACUAUUAAAAAUCCAUUACAAUUGAGGUCUCAAAAAUCAAAGAAGCAUAAAAGCAAAAAGAAUAUGAGCAAGUAUCAAUAAUAAAAGGGACAUGAUGAAGAAGAACUCACUAAGAGAGUGAUGCCAACAAUCUGUUAAACAAUCUUGGUUCUUCCAUUUUUUCAUCACAUAGACACAUAGUAUCCCACUUUGGUCACAGAGUUGCCGAAUUCGUCUAGUACUCCAUGAUUAACUCAGAAUAUUGGAAUGAAUUAAGUCGUUAACCUACUGGACAAGGUGUUACCAUGAGUAGCAAGUACUAGCUGAAUAGAUAACUUAAUGUUUGAGUUGCUCAACUUUUGUGAUGUUCUGAUACAGGGAUAAAAGAUGGUGCAGUAUAAUUUCAAAAAGAUUACCAUUGUCCCCAAUGGGAAAGACUUUGUUGACAUCAUCCUCUCCCGUACACAAAGGCAGACUCCAACUGUUGUUCACAAGGGCUAUGCAAUAUCUCGUAUCCGCCAGUUUUACAUGCGCAAAGUGAAAUAUACACAGUCAAACUUCCAUGACAAACUCUCCACUAUUAUUGAGGAGUUCCCCAGGCUUGAUGAUAUCCAUCCUUUCUACGGUGACCUCCUCCAUGUCCUUUAUAACAAAGACCAUUACAAGCUUGCACUUGGCCAAAUAAACACAGCAAGGAACUUAAUUUCCAAGAUUGCAAAGGAUUACGUCAAAAUGUUGAAGUAUGGUGAUUCACUAUAUCGAUGCAAAUCUUUGAAGAUUGCUGCCCUGGGACGAAUGUGUACCGUGAUAAAGCGAAUCACACCCAGUCUGGCAUAUCUUGAGCAAAUUAGACAGCACAUGGCUAGGUUGCCUUCGAUCGAUCCAAACACUAGGACACUCUUGAUUUGUGGGUACCCUAAUGUCGGUAAGAGCUCUUUCAUAAACAAAAUUACAAGAGCAGAUGUUGACGUGCAACCUUAUGCGUUCACCACAAAGUCCUUGUUUGUGGGUCACACUGACUACAAAUACCUUAGGUAUCAAGUCAUCGACACUCCGGGAAUAUUGGACAGACCAUUUGAGGACCGUAAUAUCAUAGAGAUGUGCAGUAUUACAGCCUUAGCCCAUCUUAGAGCUGCGGUUUUAUUUUUCCUAGAUAUAUCAGGAUCUUGUGGUUAUAGUAUUGAACAGCAAUCUGCUUUGUUCCACAGUAUAAAGUCUCUCUUUAUGAACAAGCCCUUGGUCAUAGUUUGCAACAAAACUGAUUUGCAGCCUUUGGAUGGGAUAUCAGAGGAAGACAAGAAGUUAGUCAUGCAGAUGAAAGAAGAAGCUAUGAAGACUGUCAUUGGACAAGGUGGGGAGGCCACAGACGACCAAGGUGUGCUUUUGACUAUGAGUGCUUUAACUGAAGAAGGUGUGAUUUCCGUGAAGAAUGCUGCUUGUGAGAGGCUGUUGAACCAAAGGGUUGAAGUCAAGAUGAAGUCUAAGAAGCUAAAUGACUGCUUAAACCGUUUUCACGUCGCCAUGCCGAAACCACGUGACCAGAAGGAAAGGCCUGUGUGCAUACCUCAGGCAGUGCUGGAAGCGAGAGCAAAAAAAGCAGUAGAAGUUGCAGAGAAAGAGAAGAAGAAGCUUGAGAGGGAUCUUGAGAAUGAGAAUGGAGGUGCUGGUGUCUACUCUGCCAAAUUGAGUAAGCACUAUAUCUUGGCGGAUGAUUCUUGGAAAGAUGAUGUCAUGCCAGAGAUUCUCGACGGGCACAAUGUGUUUGACUUCAUCGAUCCUGACAUCUUGCAACGGCUUGAGGAGUUGGAGAAAGAAGAAGGGCUUCGGCAAGAACAAGGAGAUGAAGGUGACCUGGAGAUGGAAGGUGGGCCUGAGCUGACCCCUGAAGAAAAAGCCGCCUUGGCUGAGAUCAGGAAAAAGAAGAGUGCGCUGAUCCAGCAGCACCGUAUUAAGAAAAGUACUGCCGAAAGCCGACCAAUCGUUCCAAGGAAGUUCGAUAAGGACAAAAAAUAUACAUCAGAGAGGAUGGGCAGGCAGUUGUCCGGGCUGGGACUGGAUCCAACCCUUGCGGUCAACCGGGCACGCAGCAAGUCAAGGGGACGUAAGAGGGAACGAUCCGUAUCUGGCAUGGGCGACUCGAUGGAUGUUGAUGGUGAUGAGGAGACUCCUAACAAGAAGUUGAAGUUGAUGCUGUCUAGGUCCAGGUCAAGGUCAAGGUCAAAGUCAAGGCUUCCAAAUGAAUUGGUGCCUGGUGAAGGAUUCAAAGACUCUGCACAAAAGUCCAAGGCUUUUGAUUUGGCUAAGAGCUCUUUCAAGGUGAGGAACAAGGCAGCUUGCAAGGGUGAAGGUGAUAGAACUAUUCCUAAUCUGAAACCGAAACACUUGUUUUCUGGCAAGCGUUCUAAUGGAAAAACACAAAGGCGUUGAGGUAUACAAGGUUCUGAUGAAGUUGUGCAAAUUUUUGGAGUGUUGUGUAUCUCAGCUUGUUGUUCUGGGGAGUCGGAUUGGAUCCACCAAAUACUCCUCUCUUUUUGGUCUUGCAAGUUAUUUACUGUUGCUUCUUAUGUUUAUGUUUUUUGCCGCUCCAUAUAAUGUUUAUUUUGUUAUGUUCUCAAGGGAUUAAGUUUUUACCUAUUUCUAUUUUGACUGGUGCCGUUUAUUGAAUGAAUGACACAGAUGUGAUAUUUAGAGUUUAAUUUAAUACACAAAUAUGAUACCUAUCCAACAACAGUACAACACAGUGACUAUAAAAC